CUUUUCGAAGUGAGAUCAGUGUUAACUCGACAGCGGCUAGUGCAAGAGCAACCUGUUACCACAUCAAAGUCAAAAAACAGCGCAAAGCAAUUAACGAAAAAGACAACAACAACAGCAAUAACAAUAAUAAUUGCAGAAAUUGUGCUAACUGUAUCGUAUCCAAGCAACUGAGACGAAAUGUGUGGAAUCUUUGCUUAUUUGAAUUAUCUGACGCCCAAGUCACGGCAGGAGGUGUUGGAUCUGCUGGUGACGGGCUUGAAGCGACUGGAAUAUCGCGGCUAUGACUCCACUGGCGUGGCCAUUGAUUCUCUGGACAAUAAGGACAUUGUAAUGGUGAAACGCACUGGCAAAGUCAAAGUACUGGAGGAUGCCAUAAAAGAACACUUCAGCGGCGGGGAGUACAGUGAGCCAGUGCUCACUCACAUGGGCAUUGCACACACUCGCUGGGCCACCCAUGGUGUGCCCUGUGAACGCAACUCGCAUCCACAACGCUCUGACGAGGGCAAUAGCUUUGUCGUCGUACACAACGGCAUCAUCACCAAUUAUAACGACGUUAAGACUUUCCUGUCCAAAAAGGGCUACGAGUUUGAGUCGGAAACUGACACUGAGGUCUUUGCCAAGCUGGUGCACCAUCUGUGGAAGAAGCACCCCAACUACUCAUUCCGGGAAUUGGUUGAGCAGGCCAUUCAGCAAGUGGAAGGCGCCUUUGCCAUUGCCGUCAAGUCAAAGCACUUCCCAGGCGAGUGCGUCGCCUCUCGCCGCAGCUCUCCACUGCUGGUGGGCAUCAAGACAAAGACACGUCUGGCCACGGAUCACAUUCCCAUAUUGUACGGCAAGGAUGACAAGAAGCCAAGCUGCGAUCAAGAUGUGGACUCUAGCAAAGCUUCAGAAUUACGUCCGCAUGGACAAACCCGUGAAUUGCCAGUGCUGCCACGUUCGGAUAGUACCUCGGAGUUUAUGCCAGAGCAGAAGGAAGUCGAAUAUUUCUUUGCCUCGGACGCCUCAGCGGUCAUUGAGCAUACAAAUCGCGUCAUCUACUUGGAGGAUGACGAUGUGGCCGCUGUGCGCAAUGGCAUCUUGAGCAUACAUCGCCUGAAGAAGAGUCUAGAUGAUCCACAUGCACGCGAGAUUACCACGCUGAAGAUGGAGAUCCAGCAGAUCAUGAAGGGCAACUACGAGUACUUUAUGCAGAAGGAAAUCUUCGAGCAGCCCGACUCUGUGGUCAACACUAUGCGUGGACGUGUGCGCUUCGAUGGUCAGAGCAUUGUGCUGGGCGGCAUCAAGGAUUACAUUCCAGAGAUCAAGCGUUGUCGCCGCCUCAUGCUCAUUGGCUGCGGCACUUCAUAUCACAGCGCUGUGGCGACACGCCAGCUGCUCGAGGAGUUGACUGAGCUGCCUGUAAUGGUGGAGCUUGCUUCAGAUUUCCUAGAUCGCAACACGCCCAUUUUCCGCGACGAUGUUUGCUUCUUUAUCUCACAGUCCGGCGAAACCGCCGACACUUUGAUGGCGCUGCGCUAUUGCAAGCAGCGUGGUGCUUUGAUUGUGGGCAUUACCAACACUGUGGGCAGCAGCAUCUGUCGUGAGUCGCACUGCGGCGUGCACAUCAAUGCCGGACCCGAGAUUGGUGUCGCCUCCACCAAGGCCUACACUUCACAAUUUAUUUCACUGGUGAUGUUUGCCUUGGUCAUGUCCGAGGAUCGUUUGUCACUGCAGCAGCGUCGUCUGGAAAUUCUGCAGGGACUAUCCAAGCUGGCUGAACAGAUUCGUGAGGUGCUCAAGCUGGACAACAAAGUGCGCGAGCUGGCCAAGGAUCUGUAUCAGCACAAGUCGCUGCUGAUUAUGGGACGCGGCUACAACUUUGCCACCUGUCUGGAGGGUGCGCUCAAGGUGAAGGAGCUGACUUAUAUGCACAGCGAGGGUAUCAUGGCUGGCGAGCUCAAGCACGGACCACUCGCUCUUGUGGAUGACUCCAUGCCUGUGCUGAUGAUUGUGCUGCGCGAUCCUGUCUAUGUCAAGUGCAUGAAUGCGCUGCAGCAGGUUACAUCACGCAAGGGCUGCCCCAUAAUCAUAUGCGAAGAGGGCGAUGAGGAGACAAAGACUUUCUCCUCACGCCAUCUAGAGAUUCCCCGCACCGUUGACUGUCUGCAAGGCAUUCUCACCGUCAUACCCAUGCAGCUGCUCUCCUACCACAUUGCCGUGCUGCGUGGCUGCGAUGUGGACUGCCCGCGUAACUUGGCCAAGUCCGUAACAGUAGAAUAAACUGUCGACAGCAUAUUCAUUCCAUAUAAUCUCUUUAUACAUAUACAAACACUCAAUUGUUGUAAACACUUUUAUUGAAUGUUUACUUUUCUUUACAUCAGAAUUCAAACUACUUACUAAAA